UGGAGUUCUCGUCUCCACUUCGCCAAUGGCUGCUGCUGAAGAGAACGGCGACGAUGGUUCCGGCGCCGGAUCUCCGGCGGUGUUCAAGGGGACGGACUAUUCCCUCCCUCUGACGAUGGUGGCGCUGGCGCUGUGGCUAGGGGCCAUUCACUUCAACGUUGUCCUUGUUAUCGCUGCUCUUCUUUUACUUCCCUUCCGUCUCGCGCUUGCAGUGCUCGCUUUGCAGGUGUUCUUCAUGGUGAUUCCUUUGAAUGAUCGGAAUAGAUUGGGAAGGAGGCUGGCAAGGUUUAUAUGCAAGUAUGCCACGGGUUACUUCCCGCUGACUCUUCAUGUUGAGGACUUCCAAGCGUUUGAUCCGAACCAGGCUUAUGUUUUUGGUUAUGAGCCACAUUCAGUGUUGCCAAUUGGAGUUUGUGCUCUCGCUGAUCAUACCGGUUUCAUGCCCCUGCCAAAGGUCAAGGUCCUCGCUAGCAGUGCUGUUUUCUAUACACCAUUCCUGAGGCAGAUAUGGACAUGGUUAGGACUUACCCCAGCGUCAAGGAAAAAUUUCUACAAGUACUUGGAAGCUGGUUAUAGUUGCAUCAUUGUGCCAGGCGGUGUGCAAGAAAUGCUCCAUAUGGACUAUGAUACCGAGGUUGCUUUUCUUAAAUCAAGGAAGGGAUUUGUACGGAUAGCUAUGGAGACGGGUCGGCCAUUAGUUCCUGUUUUCUGCUUUGGGCAGAGCUAUGUUUACAAAUGGUGGAGACCGGGUGGAAAACUACUUGUUAACAUCGCCCGAACAAUAAAGUUUACCCCAAUAAUCUUCUGGGGGAGAUACGGAACACCCAUACCUUUCCAGCACCCAAUGCAUGUCGUGGUGGGAAAGCCUAUUGAACUCAAAAAAAAUCCCAAACCAACCGUAGAUGAGGUUAAUGAAGUCCAUGAACAGUUUCUUGUUGCCUUACAAGAUCUCUUUGAGAAGUACAAGGCCAGAGUCGGUCAUCCAGAUCUCCGCUUGAGAGUUCUAUGAUAUGAGAACAACUACAAGACACUCACAUCUACUCUUAAUUCGGUCACACGGGGCUCUCAUGAUCUUAUUUUCGAUGAAACAUUGCACAGGUCCCUCACUUGUACUCAUUAUUGUUUCUACUACCAUCUCUGUGCUUUAUUAUGCUUUUCGAUGAAAAUAUAAUCUUGUUUUUUUA